CCUUCCGGUGCAUGUGUCGACCAAUGUCGCGAGAAGAAACAGUUGAUUUAAGUUCUUUUGUUUCGAGAUUUUGAACUGCUUCAUUAUUCAAACUUAAAUCCUUUGUGACAGACGUUUUCUUAGUAAUAAAGUAUUAGAUAAAAAGAGGAUGAAAUGUUCUCAAUCAGUAGAAAGAGUCUGUGCUGCCAUGCAGCCAUCAUUCCUGGGGCUGAAAUCUACAAGAUGAAAUGGUCUCAAAUCAGUAGAAAGAGUCUGUGCCGCCAUCCUGCCAUCAUUACUGAGGCUGAAAUCUGCAGGGUUUUAGCUAUGCCCUACAACUUAAAAUGAGUCCAUUUUAUUUGGAACGUUCAGACUUCAAUUGCUGGUAUACCCUAACUCACACACAAGAUAAUCAAGUUCUCCUGGACCUGAUCCUCCCACGUCAAAGGAGAUCCUCAAUAUUUCUGUGACAACAGGAUCCCUUGAGAUUCCAUUCUUUUCUCAGCAUUCGACCGGAAUGGAUAUCCUUUGCCAGCUUAUGGGGUCAUAAGGGCCUCACUUGCUCCCCCAUCGCGCCACUCAUCUGGGAAAUGAACAACAGCAGCCAUCAACACCAUCCAGACAACGUUGUUCUCGACAAGGACGGACACGUGUACAACCCCAUCGAUCUCGACGACAACUUCCUCAUCGCCACGAAAUUCGUCUGCUGCUCCAUCGGCAUACCUCUCAACGUGACGAUAGCGUUUACCAUUAUCCACCGCCGCCGCUUGCACAGGAAACCCCGCAACAUUUUCCUGCUGGGCAUCAUCUUCUCCUACUUGACGUUUUUCGUUCCGUCCGUCAUCAAAUUGAUUUACUGGGGACUCUAUCCCGUCGAAUCGGUUUGCCACGGUUACGUCGCUGUCGUCGGCGUCCCGCAGGGUCUCGUUUUGUUGAACAUGAUCCUGGCCCUGAUUGACAGGUAUUUGGCCAUCAACCGCCCGCUGUUGCACAGGGACAAAAUGACGGUGCGCUCGGCGACUAUCACCGUUAUCGUCAGCUCCUUGUUUGUUAUCCUGCUCCUUAAAUUCAUUUUCCUAGCCAGGAUCAUCGCUCCUCUCCGCUGCGAAGUCAACCUCCUCCACGUCAAAAUAGUUUUGAUUAUCUUGUCCGUGCUGUCCGUCGCCUGCACCGUCAUGAAUUUCAUCGUCUACCAGCAAACGAAAGCUCUGCUCGCCGAAUCUCGGAGGCUCACCUCGGCGACGACCAACAAAACGAUCGACAGCGACAACGAAGCGGAAUGGGUCGAAUUGGCCAUCGCCGGGAAAGUCGAAUCGCAAAACUUUAGGGCCUCGUCCGGAAGUAGUUCGUUGAACGAUCAUUCCUCCCAGGUCAAAUCCAUGUCGAUCCACGUGGAUAAGACGAGAAUCAGUCAGAUCGAACUCGAGGCCACUCGCACUCUGAUUACCGGUGUCACGUCGCUCAUUGUUACGGCUUUACCUCCGACCAUAUUCGUGUCGGUUUUCCUAGUCUGCCAGCUCGUCGUGGGCGGAAUGGAGUGCAGCAGUCUCAAUUGGUUGUCGCCCUACAUGAUCGAAUUGGGACUGAUUCACGCCGUUUACAAUCCGCUGAUAUUUAUCGCCAGGAACAAGGAAUUGAGGACGGCUCUAACGUGUCAAAUGUACCGAGGCUAAAUAACUAUGGGAAGCGUUUAAUUCGACAAAAACAAAGAAAUCGCCGUCUAUUUUAUUUGGGGAAAAUCCGAUAAUCCAUUGUUCUUUUUCUAACGCACGGGAUGCAAUUUGCAACCUAUAUUUUUGUGAUUGACUGUUUUCAAUGUGAUAAAUCGGUCGCUUAUUAUCUCUGCGUGUUUGGAUUUGAGCGCUCAAUGUCGUUUGUAUUCAAAACGAGACGUUGGUCGCCAACGGUUACUAAAUGUACACUGUAUCCUGUACAAAGGAAUAAAACAGCGUCAUUUGGCCGAGCAA